AUGCGUGGGUCAGACUUACAGUUCCGUAUUCACAUCACCAAGCCUAAGUAUGAAUACAAAUACAUUCAGGAUGGAGACAUCAUCAUCAUCGGUGGAGUGUUCUCUGUAAAUUACAGUGUGAAAUAUAUACUAGAUAAUGGUGGAAAAUACAUUCCUAUUUGCAUAAAUCCCAUUCAAAAUCGUUAUAUUGAGAUCCAGACCUUGCUGUUCACAAUUGAUGAAAUCAACCAGAACCUGGAUCUGUUACCCAACAUCACUCUGGGAUAUCAUGUAUAUGAUUCUUGUGCAGAUCCCAAUUUAGCUAUGAAGAGUGUCAUGCAGAUAUUAACUGGCCCGGGGAGAAUUGUUCCUAAUUAUUCUUGUGGAGAUGAAAGGGAAAUUGCAGUUCUUAUUGGAGGUCGGUCAACAGUCACAUCCCUGCCUAUAGCACAGCUAUUGGGUAUUUAUGGACACACACAGAUAAGUUAUAGUGCAAUAGAUCCUGUGCUGAAUGACAGAGCUCUAUAUCCACAUUAUUUUAGUACUGGACCUGAUGAUUAUAUUCAGCACGUUGCUAUAGCAGAGCUGGUGGAACACUUGGGAUGGACUUGGGUGAUCAUUCUGGCAGCUGGUGAUGAACGUGGUGAAAGAGAGAGUCAGAACCUCAGGAAUGAGAUCACCAAACAUGGAGCCUGUGUUGACUUCAUCGGCACUCUAACAGAUGAUAUAAACACAAACACAAGAACACUAGAAAGAAUACAAAAAUCUACUGCAGAGGUGGUUGUCUUGUGUGGGGAACAAUUUCGUACUAAGAUUUUCUUUGUAGAAAAGAUAAUAAAAGAAAAGACUUUGGUGGCUCCAGCAACAUGGAUCCCUGGUUAUCCUACCUCACUCUUCAAUGGCAGUCUCAUUUUUAAUGAAGAAUUCUUUAUCUUCGAUAACUCCGAAUUUGAAGACUACGUAUUGACAAUUAAAGAAGACAUAUUACUUAAGGACCUAUUGACAGUUGCCUCUUCAUGCCUGACACAUGACGAAGAGAAGGAUACGAUAUUUAAGAAUGUUUAUAGCAAGAUUUUUCGGAACUGUUCAGGUUCAAAAUUAUUACCAUUUUAUGGCCGGAGUUACCGAGUGUACACAGCUGUCUAUGGAUUUGCACAUGCAGAACAUGACAUGCUUUCUUCAUCUGGACAAUUCUGUAAUAAACAUAUCCACAAAAAUAUUCAUAGAAAACAGACUCUGAAAUCUCAGUGCUCUGCCAGCUGCCCUCCUGGCUACAGAAAAGUCCCACAGAAUGGAGCGCCGCCCUGCUGCUAUGACUGUGCCUCAUGCUCAGAGGGGGAGGUCUCCAAUUUAACUGAUAUGGAGAACUGUGUGAGAUGCCUAGACUAUGAAUGGCCAAAUCAUGAGAAAACAAUGUGCAUUGAGAAACCAACUGAUUUUCUCUCCUAUGACAGAGAUUCUCUCACUCUAAUCUUUAAUGUUCUUACUGUGAUUCUUUCUGCAAUAGCAGUGAGUAUACUGGGGAUCUUCAUUUCAUUUCGAGACACUCCGGUAGUGAAAGCCAAUAAUCGGAAUCUGAGCUUUAUUCUCCUUGUCUCAAUCAAGCUGAGUUUCCUCUCUGUGUUUCUGUUCCUUGGAUGUCCUAUAGAUAUAACCUGCAUGCUCCGGCAAACCUCCUUUGGAAUUACCUUCUCCAUAGCCGUCUCUUGUGUCUUGGCUAAGACUAUCAUGGUUUUUAUUGUUUUCAAAGCCACCAAACCUGGUAGUUCCUGGAAAACAUUGGUAGGGGCAAAACUGGCAAAUAGUAUUGUUCUUUUUUUUUCAAUGAUUCAAAUAAUAAUUAAUGUUAUCUGGUUGGGCAUUUCUCCGCCAUUUGCAGAGCAAAACAUACAUUCUGAACCUAGAAUUAUCAUCAUUCAGUGCAAUGAAGGCUCAGUAGUUGCCUUCUAUAUUGUCCUCUCCUACAUGGGAUUGUUGGCAUCUGUGAGUUUCAUUGUAGCUUUCUUGGCUCGGACAUUACCGGACAGUUUUAAUGAGGCCAAGUACAUCACUUUCAGCAUGUUGCUCUUCUGCAGUGUUUGGAUCACAAUGAUCCCGGCCUAUCUGAGCACCAAAGGCAAAUACAUGGUGGCAGUGGAAAUAUUUGCCAUACUCACCUCAAACUGUGGCCUUCUCUUCUGUAUAUUUCUACCCAAAUGUUAUAUCAUUUUAUUAAAGCCAGAGAUGAACACAAAGCAAUAUUUACUGGGGAAUAAAAAGAAACUGAUUGUUACUCUUUAAAACACUGUACAAGUAUGGGAUCCAUUAUCUGGAAACCCAUCAUCCAGAAAGCUCAG